UUCCCCCGCUGAUCGCGCGUGCGCUCAAGAACACGGCAGAACGAGCCAUCAGGCUGCGCCAGUAUUCCUUUACCAUUUCCACCUCAACCAACGACUGGAAUUGGUUUAAAGCCUCCAAUUCGCGGCAAUUGAUGAAUUACUAGAUCCCCAAUCCUAUCGGAUGAGGUUUUCCCGAUUUGCGAAAAUGGCCACCGACAAGGUCCUCGAGGGCGUUUUUGCCAUCAACAAGCCUCUCGGCAUGAGCUCUGCUCAGGUUAUCCGCGACUGCCAGCAAUACUUUAACCCAUCCGCUACCUUCGCGCCCCUCCUCGAACAAGACAAGGCCUUGCGCGAUAAGGAGUCCCGCUACCAGAAACACCGGCGCGGCAAGGCAAAACAAGCCCUCCGAGUCAAGAUGGGUCACGGAGGCACCCUCGACCCUCUCGCCACGGGCGUGCUAAUCCUCGGCGUCGGCAAGGGCACCAAGGCCCUCCAGGACUUUCUCACCUGCACCAAGACCUACGAGUCGGUCGUCCUCUUUGGCGCUAGUACCGACACCUACGAUCGUACGGGCCGUGUCAUAAAAAAGGGCAACUACGACGACGUCACGCGCCAGGCCACCGAAAAGGCCCUCGAAAGCUUCCGCGGCAAGAUCAGGCAGAUGCCCCCGCUCUAUUCGGCGCUUAAGAUGCAAGGAAAACCGCUCUACGAAUACGCCCGCGAGGGAAAGCCGAUCCCGCGCGAAAUUGAGACGCGAGAGGUCGAAGUCGCCGAGCUCGAGCUCGUCGAGUGGUAUGAGCCGGGCACGCAUAACCACCGGUGGCCGACAGAAGAGGCCGAACAGGCCGAGAAGAACCUAGUAGAUUCGGUGUGGCGUGUCGCAAAGCGCCAGACGGCCGCGACGGACGAAGGGUUAUCCCGCAAGCUCACACCGGAGCAGCAAGAGGAGGAGACCAAGGCACUGGCCGAGUACAACAGCAAGAAGCGCGAGGCCGAGGAGCGCGUCGACAGCCUCGUCAGCGACGAGCAACCGGGGCCACCGGCCAAGCGCAAGAAGACCAACCAUGGCGGCGCCGAACCCAUGAUGUCCGGUGCCCUGGGGCAGCUGCCGCCCAAGGGCAAGGGGAUGACGGUCACGUCGGGAUUCUACGUGCGCAGUCUGUGCCAUGAUCUAGGAGAGAUGCUCGGGUGCGGCGCCAUGAUGGCGGAGCUGAGCCGUACGCGGCAGGGACAGUUCGUUCUAGGUGGGGAUAACUGCAUAGAGUACGACGAGCUACACCAGGGGGAGUCUGUUUGGGGACCGAAGCUACAUCGUAUGCUAGACCUGUGGAAUAACCCGAAUGCGGAGCAGGCCAAGCCCAAGGCUAGUGAGCCGGCGAGUUCGCCAGCACAGGGGAAUGAGGCGAGCAAACCGGCGACCAAGGAUCCCCAAGAGGAGAAGCCCGUUGAUGAAAGCAAGCCGGCGGAGGACGCUAAACCCACAGAGACGGCCCCUGAGCCGGAGCCGGCCAGUGAUGGUUCAGUAAAGGUGGAACAGGAGCAAGCCGCCGCGGCGAGUGCGUAGUGGCACUAUCUCUUGUGCUCUUUCUCGUAAGCCGAGCAGCGCUCAGCUAUCCUGGCUAUGGGCUGAUGGGUAAGGCCGGUUCAACUGGGCAAUGGUGAGCACGCUCGACACGGACCGAUGGCACUCGUGAGAUAUGGAUGCGUCAGCGCAGUGUGCCGACACCGUCCAAAUCGCGUUGCUAUAUCAAAACGAAUAAACAAAUCACCCAACCCA